AUGCUGCUAUUCCUUCUCUCUGGCUUCUGUCUUCUCUCAUUCUGUGGUCGUUUUCCAUUGCCUAAACUGUGUACAUCAAUAUAUCGAUCUACUCUGUCUCUCUUUCUCUUUCUCUUUCUCUCUCUCUCUUUCUCUUGCUCAGCUGUAGUUCUUAGUGAAACAGUUUGGUACUUGUACAGCACCUCGCCUUUAACUUUCUUUUUAUCUCUUUUCUUACCUGCUUUUCUUUCCCCCUUAUUCAUUUUCCUUCUAUUUCUUUCCUUCUCUAACAGCUUUUAUCUUUCAUUGUAUCACUCUUUCUUCCUCUUUUCUUACUUCUAUUAUUUUCUUUCUUUCUUUCUUUCUUUCUUUCUGUCAUUCAUUCAUUCUUUCUUUCUUUCUUUUUCUUCUUUCCUGCCUUUUCUUUCUCUCCUGACCAUUUUCCUUCCACUUCUUUUCCUUCUUUUUCCUUCUCUAAAAGCUUUUAUCUUUCAUUGUGUCACUCUUUCUUCCUCUUUUCAUACUCCUCUAUAUUUUGUUUGUUUCUUUCUUUUUCUUUUCUCUCUCUCACUUAUUUCUAUCUUACUUUCUCUCUACUUUGUCUUUUCUCCCCAACCCCUUUUUAUCCUUCUCUCUUUCUGUCACUGGAAACUCCUCUCUCUAUUAGUUUUUACUUUCUCUUACUUCUUUUUGGUCUAA